UUAUUGAAAAUAUGCAUUUUCAAUAAUGGAGUUAAAAUACGAAGGCCGCAAGCUGAUCAAGUGGAAACUGGUUUUGUUAUGUGUUCUCUAUUUUCAAGUAGUAAACUCAAAUGAAUGUACAACUUAUAUAUUGAAGAAAGAUGAAGUCCGAAGAUCUAUCGGGGUUUUGCUUACUCCCGAACAGACUUCAAUCUCUGACAACUUUAUGUCAGAUGGUUGGUACAGAUUUGAAAGUGAGGCCGGGAAUGACAUGCCUCUCACAGCACCGACUUUGUUGUCAUGUGGAACGAUGUAUCCGAUCUGGUUACAGGGUACAAUUCCAAACGUCGCAGAAGGGGUGGUAAAUAGAACGGCAUGCAUGGUGACUUUUUUGGGACAAUGUACUUCUACAUUAGGCAUAAAAAUCCGAAACUGUGGAGAAUUUAGAGUUUAUUACCUCGUCAAAACAAAUAUGAUGAGCUCUGGAUAUUGUAUAGGAGACAAAGUAAAAUGCGAAGAAGGUUUUGGAUCAGAGACAGGAUAUUCCCCAGGCUGUGCUAGUGUGCCAAACAUAACAGUUACCCCAAAUGUUGUGACCUCUUUAGAAGAAGGUACGUCCUUCUUUCCGAAUAAUCCUUCCCUUAUAACUGUGUUCAAAUGCGUUUUCGACGAACCUAAGAACGACAGUUAUCUGUUUGACGUCCAUUGGUUCAUUGAUGAAGACAAGGUAAAGGUUACCCGAAACCAAACUUUUGACUCAACAUCGCUUUGGCUUUACCCGGAAGACUGGGUAAAUGGGCAUGACCUAAAUAUGAAGGUCAAGUGUUCUGUCAGAGUUCGUUUCUCAAGUGGUGUUGCCCCUGGUAAACAUCAAUACAGCGCAGAUUUUAAUGCAGGAAUAUUUCCCGAAAAGACUGAGUAUAUCGUUGCGGAGAGUGAGACAAUCUCAAUAAACUUCAAUGUAACUGUCCCUGUCGGUUGCAUUGCAAAAUCAUUUCAAAGUGGCUGUGACGGACUUAUCUAUCUGUUGACUCCAAUCUACCAGUCAAGUAUUCAGCAAUGUACCAAUUUCUCCAACAGUGACGUCAUAUCCUUCGAAGAAAACCAUUGCGGGAUUUUGGUAAAAGGUUUGUCCUGGAAUUCCACAGUGAGACUCAAUGUUACGGGAAAUGUUGAUAAUCUUAUCAAUAUAGCUGAUCGAGAAACCAACAUCAGGCUUGGUACAACUACCACAAAUGGCAUGGACCCGUCGCGUGUCUGGGACAACAUAACGAUGCCAGAUAUCAAGGUUUAUGUGUCUGACAAGGACUUUACAAUUCGGCAUAUAUAUUGUAAAUUCUGGACAGAUCCAAGAUUACGUACAUUUGACGGAAGUCAUGGAAGUGUUAAUGAUGUAGGAGAGUUUGUCAUGUAUAGUCACAAGAAGAGGAACAUCAAGAUUCAUGUAAUGACUAGACGAUGUUUUUUGGGAUCAUGUUCCUGUGGUAUAGCAGUCCGUGUGGAAAACUCUAUUUACAUCCAUCAUCACUGUCCCAUAAUUUCAAACACAUUCCUGCAAUCUUUUGGCUUCCAUACAAAAAUUCUUCGACUGUGUGACAAACAGCACAUGGACAUCAAGGAUACCGGCUAUUCCGUCACAAUUUCCCUGCCAACAGGUACAGAAUUGAAUUAUUGGUAUUCUGGAUCCCAUUUUUAUUCCAUCAAUAUUUUACCAUCUUACUUCGACGUUGGAAAUAUUGAAGGGAUUUGUGGAAAUGCUAAUUUGGAUGGAACGGAUGAUUUUAUUCCUUUUGGUAGUUCCUCACCAACCAAUAACUUCUUAACUUUUACAAGAAGUUGGAGAAUAACAAAUAUCCAAUCAACAAGAAGUUUGUUCGGACCAAACGUAGAUCUCACCACCUCAGUCAAUACGUUGCCGGUAUAUUGUUCAUGCUCAACAGAAGCAAAGAGUCUUGGAGACUUUCCCAACCACUACACGGCAAACUGUACCAUCACUGACGCCAUGGUUAAAUGCUCCAAAGUGCAGUGGAAUUCUCCUUUUGAAGAAGCCUGUGAAGGGGGACUACGGCGGAGGAGAUCGAUAGACAAUGGGGACAACAUUAUUGAGACUCAAACCAUAGUUUAUGAUCCCGAUUUUGAUCCAGACUAUAUACCGGUGGAGUCGAACUGGACAAAUGGUUGGACAGAGGAGUCUGCCAGAUCCCACUGCAAAGACAAAAUUAAUCUUGAUCCAUCCAUAGAAGAGUGCGACCGACACCUGGAUUUGUCAAAUAUGACAUCCCAAGCGAUUGAGGACUGUAUUCUUGACAUCAGAGAUUCUAAUGGCUCCACUGAAUGGACGGCAUUAACAGUGGAAAGUAUUAAAGAUCAUUGUGUGUCUCUGAUGAGACGAGACGAACGCUUUUACAUCGUAGAUAAUACCACUGGACAGAGUGUUCUCAACAUGUUUACAUCCAUGGCUUGCUUCAACAAUUGCUCUGGGAACGGGGACUGCAAUGGCGGAGAGUGUAACUGUCAUUCAGGUUACAUAGGAUUCGACUGUUCUCAUUCGGUAACUGUUCCACCUGACAACACCAGACUUCCAGGACAAGGACUCUGUGGGGAGCGUGUAAGACCGUGCCUUAAAACAAAUGUUAUGGGAUAUUUCUUGUCAGAGGAUAUACAUGUGAAGUACGAGCAUGUUAAGAUAUUAACAAAUGGAACACAGAUGAUCACCGGAACAAGUAUUUCAACAGCUUCUUACCAAGAUUCUUCACUCAUUACAAUAACAUUACCAAAGUCCACUAGGAGAAAGAGAGCAACGUCUUCUGAGCCAUAUGCCACUGCAUUUAAUAUACACCUGUCCUAUGAUGCAGUUCAUUUUGGAAACUCCAUGACAUUUUUUAUCUAUGAUGAACAAUGUUUUUCCUGUAAUUCAACAACUGCUGUCUGUGAAUAUUUGGACACCUGUGAUAACGUUACAGAAAAUGUAGCAAGCACCACAAAUGGAGAACACAGUACCACAUCCCAAACAAUGUCAUAUUCCUCUCAAGCUAAUACAAACAGUGAUGGUACGGAAGCUCUAACGAAUUUCCAAGAUGCCUCAACAACGCAACAAAGUAUAUAUACACAGCAUAAUACCCAUCAAGAGAAACGAAAGGCAGAUGGAUUUCCCCUUCUGAUUGUGGUCGGGCCUUUAUCAGCAGUGGUUGUGAUUGGAAUAGUUGUAAUGUUUACUAUUUACAAAUGCAAAAAAUACAACGAAACAAAAAGAAAAGUGGGUCAACCAGAAGAAAAAGACAACUAUUUGAACAAUUUAUUCUACCACGUGAGUCCAGUUGAAAAAAGCCUUCCUCCUAAUCAACAUGUCUUCGACAGAUCUAUCACUGCUCAGAGUAUUUCAUCUGUAAAGUCAUCUAAAUCUGACAUGGAAAGAGCUGCGACUCCGUCAAGUAUCAACCCACAGAUAAGUCUGGUGGACUUAGAAAACUGACAAUCUGUUUUUGUGGGAUACUGGAAUAGUUUUCAAAAAAUUAAGACAGUUGGUUGCCCUGGAAGAUUAACUUUUGGCGUUCAUCUUCAUGCAGACUUUUUUUUAAUUGUAUAAUUAUCAUUUACAUAUACUUCAUCAAAUAUUGAAGCCCAGAUAUGGCUGUAAAGUUGCCGACACGGCGUUCAACAAAUUAAUUAAUUUAUCAAAUAUUUGAGCUUUUAUAUAUUGUUAA